GUCUUUAUGAAUCAAUCACUGGUGUGUUCAAUUCUUUUGUUGAUAUUGUCAACUCAGCAACGUCUCUCCUCAAGUUGCGAGAUCUUCUCAAAUCCAGAAAGAUUUUCAGGUCUUCUUCCUUCCAUUCGUUCCAGAAAAGAACAGAUCAGCCAGGCUCAGUUUAUUACAAAAGUCAGAAUCACCAAGAUUUAUGGAAAAAUUGACAAAGAUAACAAACUGUAUAAAGCACAAGUGAUUUGCAACUUGAAAGGAAUUAUGAAACAGUCCAGAAUAAAAAUAAACGUUAGCCAAGUCGACAGAAUAUGUCAAGUUAUACAUAAACAUACCACGGUCGGAGACGACGUGAUUGUCUUGAUGAAUAAAAGCAAUUCAGUUGGAAGAAUUUGGAAUCUAAACAGUCCUGGAAUGUUCAGUAUGCAGGAAUGGAAAAGAGACUAUUCUAGCCAUCUUGCUGACACUCCUUUCUUUAACGAUGUGAACAAACCUAUUCUUAGCCCUCUUACAACCACAACUAACAAAGCAAAAGCCAAGACAAAUUCCUGGAGACCUGUUGCUUCUGCUCAAACGAAGACACACGAUUCUGCCAACUGCACAGACAUUCCAUGGCAUGCAUUCGUUUGGGAUCGCCGAGUCUGCAAGACACGGUGCGACGCGGUUGCAAUUCAUGACUCUUGGCUUCUGACAUCGGCUCGCUGUGUUAGUCACUACACAAGCACACCAAGACGUCUAGUAAUCAGCUUGGGAGUCAGCAAUGCUGGACAGAUGAGGAAGUCCUCUAAAGCACGAUCCAUUGUUUUACAUCCACAGUGGAAAGCUCGAUCAGACGGGGAAGGUGUGGCAUAUGACAUGGCACUAGUGAAGAUGAAGACAUCUAAACAUAAUAGGGGAUUAUGUCCUACUGAACCAAUAUCAUUGGCAUCACCUGGUGAUACCGUGACAGACCUUCACUGCUUGGGAUCUAAAACUGAUGUUUAUAAUGGAUAUGUAAAGAAACUAAUGUUGAAUACACCAAAUUCCAAAUUUAAUGUCAUAGCUGUCAAGUUGUAUUUUCGACAUAUCUUUGCAGUAAUCAAUUGGCCAGUUGAAAUCGAUAAAAAAAUGGCUACAAUUCUUACACUGCUGUGUCAGCCAAUAUCCAAGUGUAUCAAGCGAUAA